AGGUGGGGAGGAAGAGGAGCUGACAGCCGCAAUGAAGGGGCUGAGCCACCUUCUUCGUGUCAGGGAGGACACAACGCAUGGAGAUGCAGCAGCCAACCACAACAGCUGUGAGUGUGUGGGGACUAAUGUCAGGUCUAGCUUUCAGUCAGCGUAUCCCAAAGGGAAAUGCGAAGCUGUAGAUGUGAGAUCAAGAUCUGGGGUUUGUUGCAAACAUCUUCCAAGAGUCUGGCCUGCCUGGCACCGUGCUGUAAAUGCGCUCCUGACCUUGUCUGAAUGGGCUCGCUGGGUUUAGCCACAUGCUUGAGCACAUGGAAAGUUUCACAACCGAGUCACACUUCUGUGCUGGAGGGGGACACACAGCACUGGGAGGAAGUUCUGGUCUCAUUGCACACAGGGGUGUGACUCACCCUGAUGGCAGAGUUGAGAUCGCAAACUGGUCUGUUACAGAACAGUCAGCUAUGGCGUGGGCUGCAGAUAGUGAAAACGGGUUAUUUGUGGAGACUGAACAGUAAUUAUUAAGCCCCACUGUGACCAUGUCCUGUGAUUUCAAUGUGAUAAUCACUGAAAUCUGCUCUGGGCCACGCUUCCUGUUUCCAGUCUUGCAAUAAGGGUAGAUGAAGAUAAGCAGUGAAUGAAAUAUCACCAUUGGAUGCAGUAAGUGUUCUGCUCGUGACUUCUUUGAAACUGAAAUAGGAUUGUUUUAUCAAAACACUUGUGGUGCUGCAAAACCUCUAUGUUAGCCAUUUUGCUUAUAAUAACAUAAAAGCAUCUACUUAAACAGAACAAAACCCCUUACAGUGGAAUACAACUUGAAUGUGAAGAAAUUCAAAUUGAAAGCAUUUCAAAAUCUCACUUUUCUGUAAGGGGGACUUCCUGUUUUCUGACCAAUAAUUUCUGCAUCUUUUUACUUCCUUAUCCUUUGAAAAGAGGAGACAGAGUGGGACAUUCAGCGCAUUAAACUGCAAUAACAUUACAACUGCACUCAGUCCUGAUAUGCGUUGUGUGCAGACAGGAGUGCCUGUGAAGGAAAUCAGCUGACAAAAUUAGUAUUUUUGAUUAGUUCAGAAGAAAAUGUGAAAAUAAAACACAACUACUUUAAUGAAAACUCUAGGGCAUUCAGUCAAACUGCUUGGAAGAAGCCAAGGAAAAUGACCCCUCCAGAAUAGACUGAAGGCUGCAAAAGGGUGGCAGAUUGCUGCGGGUGCUUGAAAAUCAAUUGAGGGUAAUAAUGCAAGGACUGUGAAAUUCUGGAUCUCAGCUUAAGAAGAAAGCUUCCUUAAAUCUAUGGUCUGACUGCUCUCGUAAUUUCAUGCAUGAAAAUAAAUCAUUUUGCAAAAGCAGUAGAAGACUGUGCAUAAAGCGAGCACAGUAGUGCACCUAAAUUGCUGCUGUUCUUAAGUCACAGAUUAAGAUGUAUUAAGAGAGGGGGGCUGUUAAGAAACAUCGUGUCCUGAGCAAACAAAAAGUCUAAUUUUAAAGAUGUGCAUCCAGUUCAUGACUUCCAAACAGGAGAGGGGGGGUCGGUCAUUGAUCCUUUAUCAGAGCUAAAACAAAGCUUGUCUUGCUGCACUAGUGCAGUAACAAAGCACUGCUUUUUCUAGUUUCUUGAAGGCAGUAAACUGCUGGAAUGUAACAGUGCUCAUCUAUGCAUCUACAUGUCUUAUAUCUUCAUUGAAGUGUUCACCAGCAACCAAUGGGAAUGAAUACGGCCAAACUAACUGCAGUCAUCUGGUGCCCAAAGUUCUGUUUCCAUGCUUGCUUUGAACAAGAUAUCCUGCAACCAACAAAAUCUGCCUUGAAAUCUAUUGUGAAGGCCUAUAGAAACAUUACUAUUUAACUAUUCCAGUCCAAUGGUACAUUUUCAUUUGUGAGUGCUUUCUUAUUUUGUAAAAGGAAAUCUGUGAUUACAAGAGAAUCUGGGAGGAUGCUUCUGUGGCACGAGAUGCUCGUGUAAUGUCAUAUCAUAGGGAAGCUGGAAAGAGUUUAAUUAAACCAUCCAGUUUAAUUUCUAGCUUUUUGGUCCAUUCCGCUGUGGUUACUCCACUGAGAUUGUAAUUGUAGAUAAUGUGUAGGAUUCAAUUAAGUGAAUGCCAUACCAAUUUUCUGUGGUAUUUUUCCAUUUUCUCCAGUCAUACAGCCACAAGCUAUAUCUCAUUAGAUGUUAAUAAAUCUAGACGAGAGAGCCCCGAGGAACAAAUUGCUGCUGCAGCUUCUGGUUCAGCAGAGGAUGCCACUCUCUUUAUUGCUACCAUUAGACAAGUGGCCUUCCAGCUUUCAGCCCAGAAUAUUCUAGGCAGAAAACAUCCAGGUGAUGAACUUCUUGAGUGCGAUAUGCUACUAAAUUAAGAAUAUCUCAGUGCAUUUGAUACCUUCAUUUCUCCCAAGUACUGAACUAAAAUUUAAGGCAGAAACAUGCUGGUGGAGAAAUAUUCUUGCCUCUAAAUUAGCUUAACUGGUUCUCAGACUCUGGGAUUUUAUUUUCCAACUAAACAUUAAAUGUUUUGUUACAGCAAUCCAAAUGUAUCCUGCAUCUACUUCAGCCAACCAAACAGAUGUUCAUAUUUUGCACUAAGGCAUUAAAGCCAGAUCUCGGCUUAAUAGUAAAUUCCUCACUGUGUCCAAAUUUUGGGUUCAAAUUCAACCUUCUUUUUCACCUCCUCUUUUUUUUGGGGGUCCUCUAAACCACUUGUUCCCAGCUGAGGCAUAUUGUUGUGUCAUCACUACACAUCUUUAUGUAUUUUGGUGGUAUGUUUUGUUGUAGAAUAGUGACUUUUCCUAGAACAGGACCUAAGUGCUGCAUCUCAUCCUGUUCACUGUUGGGCUUAUAAAAGGUCUUGAGACCCAUUUAGAUGGCAGGAACUUCACAAAUGAACCUCUUGUUCCUGUGAGCAGAGUGAAUAAUAACAGUCUGUGAUGUGAAAAGCCCACUUCUGUUCUCACUUAAAAGCUGAGACGAGAAACAUCAGCCAGGUGUCUCUAGAGGGGAAAAAGUGCAGUCCUGAAAUGCUUCUAUGAUGAGAAAAAAGUGAUUCAUAGAGGGUGUGAAACCAGGACAAGUACCAGAAGUACUGCCAGAUGAGAGAGAAUUUCAACACGCAGCUAAAAUGAACAAUUUGGAAACCAUGGAAAAGCUGUUUAAGAAGAACCUUAAUAUAAACGCUAUGGAUCCUCUGAAGCGCACUGCGCUGCAUUUUGCUGUUGCAAGAAGUCAUACCUCUGCAGUGGAUUUUCUGCUCCAUCACAAAGCCAGAGUUGAUAUGGCAGAUCAGCAUGGUCUGACAGUGAUCCAUCUUGCAGCUUGGACUGGAAAUCUCGAUAUAAUGAGGAAAUUAGUUAAAGCUGGUGCUGAUCAAAGAGCAAAGAAUGAGGAAGGAAUGAAUGCGCUGCACUUUGCAGCACAGAACAACAGUGUUAAAGUCAUUGAUUAUUUUCUCCAAGAUCUUCAUCUGACUGACUUGAACAAGCCCGAUGGGAAAGGCAGAAAGCCAUUUCUUUUGGCAGCAGAAAGAGGCCAUGCUGACAUGAUAAAUAACCUGGUAGCUCUAAAUCUGUUUACGACCGAAAAGGAUAAGGAGGGGAACACGGCCCUACAUCUGGCAGCUAAAAAUGGCCACAGUGAAGCCGUAGAGAUUCUGCUCCAACACUGGGAUGAAAUAAAUGACCUCAAUCAGAAUGGAGAAACUCCAUUUUAUUUGUCUGUUGAAGGAGGCAACGAAAAAUGUGCCAGACUCCUCCUGGAAGCAGGGAGUGACAUCGAUGUCGUAACUCACAACAACAGCAACGCAUUGCAAGCUGCCAUUCAGAAUGGACAUCAAUCCUUGGUCACUUUUCUUAUUGAUAAGAACAUUGAUCUGGUCCCUAACCCUGAGCAGAAGAAUUCCCCUCUCCAUUUAGCAGUCAUCAAUAAUCAUCUGCUGAUAGUGAGAAAACUCUUGGAAGCGAAUCAUGAUAUAAACUUCUUAAAUCACAGGCAGGAAACUCCCCUACAUCUGGCUGCUGAUCUUGGCAAUGUAGAGAUGGUGGAAAUGCUGCUGAAGGCAGGUUGUGACCUCAAGAUCACGGACAGGCAUGGAAAAACUGCACUUGCCGUGGCUUCAAGGAGCAAUUAUGCCCUCAUUGUAGAUAUGAUCAUUAAAGCAGAAAGGUAUUAUGCCACAGAACAGGCACAUCCAGGUCACAGUGAUGGCUGGUCAGACUCUGAUUUGUCCUUCAAACAAGAUCACAGCGCACAGACCAAGCAGCUCCGUUCCUCCCUGUGGAAUCUGGCUUAUAAUCACUUAAAACCCCAGGAAUGGAAAAUACUGGCCCUGUUCUGGAAGUUCACAGAUGAGCAGAUUAAAGCUAUUGAGGAACAGUGGACAGGGAAAAAGAGUUAUAAAGAACACGGACACAGGAUGCUGCUCAUCUGGUUACACGGCGCUUUGCUGUCCUGUCAGAAUCCUGUCAAGCUUAUAUUCAAAGACUUGGUGGAAGCAGGAUUUCAGCAUUUAGCUGAGAAGAUCAGAACCGAAAGCAGCACAGACACAGAGUCCAGAAAAUGUGAAAUUUCGUGAGUUCAUUGAUACAACAUGGCGUGUGUGAUGGCAUUACAUGCCAGAUGGAGAGACUUUCAUGUACAAACAUCUUCUCUGGAAAUGAAAACGUAUUUUGAAGCUGCAUGGCUUUAUCCAACCAAGAAGAACUUGCUCUCUUGAAAUACUGGUUAUCCUUUGCUAUACAGCGAUCUAAAAUGGAUGGCUAGAUGGUAACUUAGGACCAUACUGUCAAGCAAGAGCCACACUACAAUUUCUGCAUCUGCCUUAGCGUUGCUGUAGUAAUUCCUCAUCAGAACUCCCUGCUAAAGCUGUCUUGUGGUUGACCCAAAAUGUAAAUGAGACUUUCUCUUGCUGAAGUAAAUUUAAUAAGUGAAAAUGGUGUGUACAAAUCAACGCUUCCCAAAAUAGGUCGGCACCUCACCUCAUUUGGAAUUCAGGCUUUUAUAGUCUUGCUAGGAUUACAGUUUUCCUACAGAUUUCUUGUAUAUGUCUUUAACUAUAUUUGGUGGUGUUUGCAUUAGUCUUAUGCCUAAGUUCAACCCAUUUGAACAUAUGCCUAAGUUCAACCCAUUUCAACAAGGCUGCAGAACUAUACUGAAGAUGGAGACUGGAAAACCCCAGGUUCUAGCGUUAUGGACCUCAGUUAAAGCACAAACUCUUACAUUCUGUCAGAUAUGCAUCAACCUUUGCAAUAUUCUGCAGCUUACUUGUAAAGAUGAAAACACCUAACAGUCUGAUAGACUCCAGGUGUCUAAGCAGACUCACGUCAUAUCCUGGUUGUGAAGGCCACUGCCCUGUUAUCUGCCAUUCUUUGUUUAACUAUGCCAACUACGUUUAGUAAAAGCAUAGGUAACAAAUGUGAUUUGUACUUCAAAAUAAAUGCACUAACAUUUACACUGGAAGUAAACAACAUUUUGGACACA